AUGUUCGCCCGUCAAGCUCCCCGAUUCUUCUCUGCGCGAACUACAACCUACUUCGCCCGCGUCCGCCUAUACUCUUCCGCUUCUCCGAGCUAUGAGCACAUCCUCACCUCAAUCCCGAAGCCAGGAGUUGGCCUGAUUACCCUCAACCGCCCCAAAGCCCUCAACGCCCUCUCCAGCCCACUCUUCAAAGAACUCAACGAUGCGCUCUCCAAAUACGAUGAAAGCAAGGACAUCGGCGCUAUCGUCAUCACCGGGAGCGAGAAAGCCUUUGCCGCCGGCGCCGACAUCAAAGAAAUGGCCCCCCUAACCUUCUCCGCCGCCUAUAGUAACAACUUCAUAGCCCCAUGGUCGCACCUCGCAACUUCAAUCCGCAAGCCCGUCAUUGCCGCUGUGUCCGGCUACGCCCUUGGCGGUGGCUGCGAACUCGCUCUGAUGUGCGAUGUCAUCUACUGCACGUCCUCGGCCACUUUCGGACAGCCCGAAAUAAAGCUUGGCGUUAUCCCCGGUGCGGGGGGGUCGCAACGUCUCACGGCUGCUGUGGGGAAGAGUAAGGCGAUGGAAUUGAUUUUGACAGGGAAUAACUUUAGUGGAAAGGAGGCCGGAGAAUGGGGUGUUGCGGCUAAGGUUGUUGAAGGUGGGAAGGAUGAAUUGCUUGGAGAGGCGCUCAAGACGGCGGAGAAGAUCGCGGGAUACAGUCAGGUUGCGACUGUUGCGGCGAAGGAGGUUGUGAAUAAGAGCCAGGAAUUGGGAGUGAGGGAGGGAGUGGAAUAUGAGCGGAGAUUGUUCCAUGGGCUGUUUGGAAGUCAGGAUCAGAAGAUUGGUAUGACUGCGUUCGCGGAGAAGAGGAAGCCUGAAUGGUCGAACGAGUAA